GAACUCUUUAGUUAGGCAAUGCGUCCAGCAGGGCUAUCACACAUUUAUGCAAGAAGCAGUCCCAGGCAUGGAACUUAAACUCGAACGUCUCCUUCGCUUCUAUCCUCGCGCUGCCACGAUGGAUAACUUCGUGUUCUCCAAUGACAAUCCAUUUGAGCUCAGGGCUGCGAUUAUAUGCAGUGGCCAUUGCUUGUUCGCAAAAGAGCAUGUUCCCCUGACUAAAAUUUUCACGGACAUGGUCAGCCGUUCUUCAAAGCUUCCGCUACGUUGUUGGGUUCAGCUUUUGAUGUCCAGCGAAAUAGAGGAUAUCUUUAGCCCCUUGGAUCCUGAUACCUACGAUCAUACCAAUAAGUUUCCACUUGAUCUUUGUUCUGCCACCUUGCGCUUGCUCAGCGAAUCAAAGACAAACCUAACACAGGGCUUUGAUUCUCCGUUGCUUCUGGAUUUCUUGGAUGCUCUACCCUAUUUCCUUGACGAAUUCUAUGAUCGUGUCCUGCAUAUGUUUUCCAAAUUCGUCAAAGAUCCAUCUUUGCGCGAGCCAUCAUUACCUCAAUCUCUGAGGAUGGUUGCUGCAAUCAUUAAAUUCCUACUUCAUAGACUUUCUUUCUCAGAGUCUGAUAUGUCUCUUUAUGAGUCGUUAUACACUGCAGUUAGCUGGAUCAUGCGCCAAAGAUUCUCAUCUCAGGAAACUACCCCUAUCAUGACAAUACUCGGGGAUAUCCCUGUUUCUUUUGCCAUUCAAGAAGAUUUAGACCUUAUUUCGUAUUCGCAGCAUAUGUUGCGCUACAUUACUACCUCCGCCUAUCAGUCUUUGGCUAUGAUGGUUCCCUCGCCUUAUCCCUUGCGCGAUCUCCGAUCAAUGGUUCAUUAUAUGACGAUACACUGGGACCAUACGCUGGCGUGUUCCGGUAGCCUUUACGGUGUUCCUUGAAACGAAUACAUUAGAGGAAUUUUUGAAAUGCAACACGGAUUAUGUGGAGCGAUGGACGCAGCUACGCUUCAGCUGCACAUUGACUAUCUCCAUAACCCACGUAAUCUUUUCACCGCAUGCUCUAUCCUGGCCACACAUGGCAUCGAUACGAACCGGGCUGCCAUU